AUGGAGGGGCUCAGAUCCAGGGUAGAAGGAAUGGGUGACCCCAGCUGUGAUGUCCUGGUGCCUCUGGGGGACUCACCCUGGCCACGGGGUUUGUCCCAGAUCAUCGUGUUCCUGUGCUACGGGGCCCGGCUGAACAAGUGGGUGCUGCAGACCUACCACCCCGAGUACAUGAAGAGCCCCCUGGUCUAUCACCCCGGGCACCGCGCCCGCGCCUGGCGCUUCCUCACCUACAUGUUCAUGCACGUGGGGCUGGAGCAGCUGGGGUUCAACGCCCUCCUGCAGCUGAUGAUCGGGGUGCCCCUGGAGAUGGUGCACGGCAUCCUGCGCAUCAGCUUCCUCUACCUGGCCGGGGUCCUGGCAGGCUCCCUCACCGUCUCCAUCACGGACAUGAGGGCGCCCCUGGUAGGGGGCUCGGGGGGGGUCUACGCCCUCUGCUCUGCUCACCUUGCCAACGUCGUCAUGGUCAGCCAGGGGACAAGGGGACACGGGGGGGACAGGGGGGAUGGCUUUGGCCUGGCCAAGAUACCCCUGAGAUGA